UAUUUUUCCUGAUUUGUUUACUACGGUAUGAGAGAGGUUUGACGAGAAGGUUCCCGAGGUGAGAAAAAAAAUGCCGCGAAGCAAGGUUUUUCUCUUCCAGGGCGAAUACUGGUAACUGCAAUACAAUGUCGUUCUCCUAUUACACGAACACUGGAUCUCAAUCCUUGGCCAGACCGCUUUCUGCGCCGAUUUUGGAUGAAGCUUUCCAGGCACACGGCCAAAGCGGCCAUAGAUUCGUACGCAAAACUUUUACACGACCAACGUACUGUCAUCAUUGUACCGAUAUGUUAUGGGGCUUCACGAAUCAAGGCUUUAUGUGUGAUGUCUGUAACUUUGUCACUCAUGACAGAUGCAUGAUCUUUGUCACAAUACCUUGUGUUUCCAUAGCAACCACUUUAGUAAAGAUCCCUGUGGCCCAUACAUGGAGUGGUCUUUCAUUUUCGUUCAGGAAGAAAUUUUGUAGCGUGUGCCGAAGACGUCUUGAAGAUAUCCCCGCCUUUCGCUGCCAAGUUUGUGACUACUAUGUUCAUGAAGCAUGCCAAGAUUUCAGUGUUACGGACUGUAAACAAUCAGCAACUUAUGUGCCUUUUCUAGAAAAGCGUGCAGUGAAGCAGGACCAUCACUGGAGGGAAGGGAACUUUUCGGCAAGCUCUAAAUGUGUGUCCUGCAAGCACUCGUGUGGGUCAGGAGAGUGUCUGGCCAGCCUUAAGUGCAGCUGGUGUGCUCAGUCUAGUCAUACUAAUUGUAGCCAGCUGUUACCCAAAGAGUGCCAUUAUGGUUAUCUUCAUCGGGUGUCUCUCCCUCCUUUUUGUGUGUCAUUUCCUGAUGUGGGACUGUGGGGGCCUUAUGCUGAUACUCAAGCUGAGUUGCACAACAACUUAAAAGGUGAUUUCUCGUCAAAUGAAGAUGAUGGCAUUGUUUCUGAUGUUUCAUGUACAUCAUCAAUGGACCAGAUAAAUGAGACAUUUCCCAUUAAUGACACUGAUCCAGAGAACACCAGUAUUAAAGUGUAUGAUGGAAAUCUGACAUCACCUCGGGCAUCAAAGAGUGUAACGGUACCAAGGAAUGCCAAAAUCAGUAAAGUUCUGGAUGAGACAUUGAAGUCUUUUCAUAUAAAUGAUGACCCUGAUAAUUAUUACCUGGCCAAAGCAGUAGAUGAGCAUAGUGAAAGACCUCUUGAUCCAGAAGAGAUACCAGUACAAUUCCCUGAGAAAGAGUCAAAGCCACUAAUAUUUCUUAGAAUAAAGAGUGCUGAUAAAAGAAAAGGUUAUAUUCGCAUUUACGCAGGGACUGAAAUAGAUGUGCCUGUUCUAUUCAAGACUCUACCUGUGAUUGCUUCCACCUCAGUAAGCGACAUUAUCAGCGUCGCCAUGAAGAAAUUUGGUAUCUGGAAUCAAAACCAAGAGGAUUAUGCCCUUACUGAGGUCCACCUAAUAAAAGGAGUGCAAGAGAGAGUCAUGGAGGCUCACGAGUGCCCAUGGAAGACGUUGAUGGACAUAAGAAAGCAAUCGAUUCGUGACAUGAAGCUCACGCGGUUCUACUUACGGCGUAGGAACUCACCCCUCGGCCCUGUCACCAUGUGCAUCGGCGAUCUACCGACCAGUAUGGACCGCUCAAGAUACGAGAUCAUGCUCAACAGCGUAUUAGGAGAACUCUCCGAGAGUUGUGAAUUCAAGAACAUCUACCCCACAUAUGGUAUGGUAUUUGUGCGCAUGCCUGGAGUUGAUGUUGCCGCUAAAGCCCUGACGAAGCUCAAGCGCACGCCAAUUGACGGCAAAACAGCGUUUGUAAAAAUUCUUCCCUCGAUGCACCCCGAAGUGCUCCCCCCUGAAAGUGACCCUUUAUUGGUGUUUGUCAAUUGUAAAAGCGGCGGUGGCCAGGGGGAUGACAUCUUAUCGGCAUUCCAAAGACUGCUCAACCCUCACCAGGUCUACAACCUCAUGGAUGGCGGUCCGUUGCCAGGGUUGUACGCGUUUAAGGACCUGCCUCGGUUCCGUAUUCUGAUCUGCGGAGGUGACGGCACUGUUGGAUGGGUGUUGUCAUGCCUUGAUGAUGUCAGUACGGCGCUCACUUACAAGAAGCCGCCAUCGGCAAUUGUACCAUUAGGAACAGGAAAUGACAUGUCCAGGGUUUUACAAUGGGGGAGUGGUUACUCCUCAGGAGAUACACCGCUGUCGCUACUUAUUGCAGUCGACCAUGCUGAAGUUGUACACCUCGACAGGUGGUUCGUCAUGUUUGAUAGUGUUGACAGUUUGUCGGACAUGAAGUCCAACGUUAGCGCUAUCGGAUUGACGUCGGGUCGCGAAGAAGAGCCGAACAUGUUCGUGAUGAAUAAUUACCUAGGGAUUGGAAUCGAUGCCGACUUGUGCUUGGAUUUCCACUUAAGAAGAGAAGAAGCCCCGGAGAAGUUCACCAGCAGGUUGCGUAACAAGGGCGUGUACUUCCGGGUAGGGUUGAGAAAGAUGGCCAACAAGACCAAGUGGGUCUUCUCCGAGGAGGUCGAGAUUGAGGUUGAUGGCGAGAAGCUCCAGCUACCUACACUUGAAGGAAUUGUUAUUCUAAACAUCGGAAGCUGGGCUGCCGGUGCUGACCUAUGGGGACCCGAUAAGGAUGACGAGUUCCGUCCCAGCAGCUAUUGCGACUGCCUCGUUGAGGUAGUUGGUCUCACUGGAGUUAUGCAGAUGGGGCAGAUCCAGAGCGGUAUCAGGAGUGGCGUAAGACUUGCACAAGGAGCACAGAUCAACAUCAAGUUGAAGUGCGAAAUUCCGGUUCAAAUCGACGGAGAACCAUGGAUGCAGUCUCCAGGCAAUGUCAUAAUUCGGCCUGCCCUCAUGCAGACUGCGAUGCUCCAGAAGCGACGAGUGAAAUCGAAAGAAAUGCACGAGCGAGCCAUAACGGCCCGUCCCACUACUGCCCCAGGAUCACGCAGUGUAUUUUACGCUGACUCCACAUAACGCUGAACACAACGCCACGUUAUCCUGCUCAGUGUGUGACAUAAUACAAGUUUGGUGCUUGUCAUUUGGCGAAGUAUUCCGUGACGUGAUUUCAUACAAGUCAAGGAAUUGCAAGUAACAUUCAUCUUCAUCUACAGUGUCUGUCUUGCUGUCUUCAAGCAGUUAUUAGUGUCAGGAUCACAUAAUUUUUUUUAUUAUUUGUGAACUUCAAGUUACAUAUAACGCAUUCUCGUUACAAAUCUUUUUUACAUCAUACGUUCAUUUUUUCAACUGAUAACAAAUUCGCUUAAAUCUCAGGUAAAAGGUUGAGCGCUGGAUAAACUGCAUGUUGUCAAACAUUACAAAGAGGGGGGGGUGGGGGGGGGGUGGUAUGGGACUGCCCUCUCCCCCCAUUCAGACGAGUUUUUUUUUUCAUCCAUUGUUUCAUGUUCACUUUUUUAUUAUUUGUCCACCCACUUUUUGAGGAUUCUGACUACCUUUACUACCAUGUCGCACUGAAAAAAAAGCGUAUGCAAGAUAUUUGAUAAAAAGAAAACCUAAUAACAUCCCCAUCCCCAUGAAAUUACUUAUCAGCUCAAAUGAAAUUAAGCAUGCAUCAGCUCAUGAUUUUAAAAGAUAAAAUAUAUUUUACAAUUUUUUUUGUUGAGUUAGGCUAAAUUCAAACGUCGUAUUAUCCAUGAGCCUUAUUCAAUGCAAAUACAUGCAAAUGAAUAUGAAACAAUGGACUUGUUUCAUUUGCAUACUUUUGCAUUGAAUUCGGCUCAUGGAUAAUACGACCUUAAAAUAUAGCCUUGGGGGCCAAACUACGCAACACCAGUUGUCUUUAGCGUAAAUGAUCGAACAUUGUGCGCCAAAAUUAACUAAGUACGUCUUAUUUUAUUUAGAACAUACCGAACUUCAAAAGGGUUUCUCAUUUUAUCCAAAUCAUAAUCCAUUUAACAGCUAUUUUAUUUCAAAAUUGCCAUAUUUUUUUUUUGCAAUUUCCAGUGCUUUGACUUGACGGCAAAAAAAAUUGCUUGGAAAACAAUUCGCACAAAAUGAGAUACCAUUUUGAAGUGGGUUUAUAGUUCUAAGUUUAUGCAAAAUUUUAUGAAAAUCUGGCGACUGUUUGUGUUCGAUUAUUGGAGGAGUUUGUCUUAUUCUAUUUUCUCAGUACUUCUGCCUCUAAAGAUCACAAGGUCUCAUUUUAACUCUCUAUUUUUUUACACUUUCGCUCUUUAACAUCUUGCGCGUCAGUCAAAUUCACUUUAUUUGUUUUUAGGAUCUGAGAUAAUGAGCUAAACAAAUUAUUUUUGCCAAAACCUUAUUUCGCACAUUUCUUGAGGUGAAUCCCCUUCAGCAAAUCCCCCUAUGCUAUAAUAAAGCGUCUUCAUCAGUAUAACUUAUGAGAUCUUUUGAUGUACGGUUUAUUUUGGAAAUUUUGAUACAGAAACAGAUACAUACCUUUGUAUAAAUAUAAGUUUCAGAGACUACAGGCCGUAGCAGGAUCGUUAAAAGGACCCUGUUCUAUAUAUUUUCUCCUGUAUUUUGUAAAAGGGUCGCAAACCUUUACUGUACUUUUGUCUGCUCUCAUCCUGAAAUAGCCUUACUCUGGAAAGUAUUAUCAACAUUUGUAUGAAAAUUGGCUAGGAAGGAAUAAAAAAAUUUCAAAUAACACAAUGCAACAAUGGUUUUAACUAUUAAAGCAUAGGUAUGUAUUUAGGUAUUUAUUAUUGUGUAAAAUAAAAAAAAAACAUUGAUAUUUUUAUAAUAAACUGAAACAAGCA